AUGACGUUCACCACAGAUCUCCUCCAUUCCACUUCCAAAGUCUUCAUCGAGGCGAUGCCAAUUGCUCAUCUCCAUCUGGCUUUGGUCUCGCAGGAUCGAGAUCGUAACCACCGCGACCUUUGUUGUAUGUUUGUGUUUCUGUGAGACUCGACAUUUUUAGUCUUGAAGAAGGAAGUGAGAGGUAUUAUGUUUGUGGUUGAGCGCAAGGGGUUUGUUCUAUAA